AUGUCGCCUGCUACUCCCUCCUCGACUGGUGGUGGUCAUGCCCUUGGUAUGCACUCCAUUUCAUCCACCUCCAGUUCAAGUUACACCAAUUCUGGUUCGCACUCUGCACUUUCUUCCACGAUUGAGCCCUCGCCUGCUAGUACCUAUGGUAGUUCUGCUGCCAGUGAUACUGAUGUCCCUUCAACUCCCGAUAAUGAUGGAGCACUUCUUACCGAUAUUGCUCAUCUUACAAUGGGCGAUGGGAGCAAUGUCGAAGACGAUAACACAUCUUGUGGCCGUCAUUCCACGAGUAACUCUAGGAACUCUGACCUUUAUUCUCCCCCGUUUGUUCGUAACGGUUCCCAAACCAAUGCUGAGGAUCCAUUCCAAUCGCCAAGCAAGAAUGGCUCGAAGUAUCGCAACCAUGACCAACAUACACCCAAGGCUCUGAGACAUCCUCACAGAGAUGUUCACGGUGACUGGCGCUCAAGAAGUUCAAGUAAUAGUUCCGAGUUGUCACCAUCAAAGUUGAAGUCAAACUCCGCUGACACGAUUGAUGCCAACUACGGUGACACUCAGCGCAAGCUUGCUUUUCAUGUUCAAGAGCAUGUCUCAGAAAGCGCCGAUGCUGCAGGCAAUAGACUUAGUGGAUACACUGUUGUCAAGGCUGAGGAUGCGCAGGCUAUCUACCCUCCCUCUUGCUGUGUUUUCGUUGCAAAUCUUCUUCAAUCCGAGAAUGAAGACUCCCUUCAAAUGGCUGUCACUCAAGUCUUCCGAGAGUAUGGCGCAGUCUACGUCAAGAUUCGACGCGAUGGAAAGCACAUGCCUUUUGCAUUUUGCCAAUACACUAAACAAGAACAUGCCGAGAGAGCUAUCAAGGAAGGCAGAGGCCGCUUGAUCAAAGGCCGCCCAUGCCGCUGCGAAAAGGCAAAAGCUCAUCGUCUCUUUUUUAUUGAGCGCAAAUAUGGCCCAGUCGUCACUCCUGGCGAAGUCAGAGGUCUUCUUGAGCGAUUUGGCAAGAUUGAGCUCUGUUACACUGCUUCUCACGUGGAGCGUACUGCACUCAAUCUCAACGAAGGAGUCAUCGUCCAAUUCGAAAUGUACGAUGAAGGUCAAGAUGCUCAAUCUGCUUUCCGCAACCAUGAUCUGUACAAGUUGCAACCCAUCGCUGGUCUCGCAGCACCUGCUCAGCAGUCACCAUCCGCCGCAGAGGUUGAUGCUACCAAGGCAUAUUUGGCAAGAUACGAUGUCGACCGUCGCUCAAUUUUCGUUGGCAACCUUCCAUUAGGUACUUCGGAACAACAAAUUCGCGGUCUUUUCGAGCACUAUGGCGAAAUCCAAGACAUCAGCCUGCGAGAGAACGCAUCCAAGUUUGAACCAGAAGAGAAGUUUGCUUUCGCUUUUGUCGAGUUUAAGUCACCCAUGGCAGUUGUUAGUGCUGUCAACGCAAAGAAUGAUUUCACUUUCGGUGGAAAAUCUCUCCGAGUUGCCCAAAAGGACUCUGAAAAUGGUGGUAGCAGAGGCAGAUCCUCCAGAUCGCAGCCCUCGACCUCUACUCGAUCUUUCCAGUCCCCUCUUGUUGAUCGACGUGUGGAACAACAGGCGUCUCCAUCUGCUCAGAUAUCUCCUAUGACCUACGCAUCGCCUUAUGGUUACACUGCGUAUAGUCCGUACUAUGGUUAUUCAGCUCCCUCGGCCGUCUUCACCGAUGGUCAAGGUCACUAUUAUAGCAGUGCUACCUCGUACUCGCCAGCACCAGCAUACUACCCAGGCUAUCCUGCCAGUCCUGGAUAUGGUAUGCGAAACCCAGCAGUGGCAACUGACUUGGCUGGCAGCCCUGCUGCUCCGUCACCAUACUGCGGUUAUGCACCAUACCAGCAAUAUGCACCAGCUCCAUACUGGGGUAUGCAGAGUCCACCAGCUGAUCAGUUGGCUUCCUCUCAACAAGCUUACUACCCGUAUUCAACUGUUGGUGUUGGCAACAAGGCUCAUGACGAUCGGUCAACAACUCCCACACCAAGUGGGCAUGCUCCACUUGUCGAGUAA